AUGGCAGCAUUGCGUCCCAAAGGCCCUCUGGUCUCCUUGGCCCCAGCUCUUCUACCAUCAGUCCAAACACUCCCGGGACGGACCAUUGUCCUUGAGAAACUCGAGCCCAAGCAUGCCGAAGAUAUCUUCAAUGUCACUGGCGGGACCGAAGCUUCCAGGGCAGCUUUGUGGGACUACAUGGCCGAAGAGCCCUUCUCUGACCUUGAGACAUUGAAAGCAAACAUCGCUUCCAAGUCCAAGUCCACCGACCCCUACUUCUAUGCAAUCAUCGACCGUCGCGAAGACCAGCCAACAUUCGGCAAGGCAGUCGGCCACAUAUCUCUGAUGCGAAUCGUGCCCGACCAUUUGAACAUCGAGAUCGGGCAUGUGAUGUAUUCAUCUGUUCUUCAACGCACAACUGGCGCGACCGAAGCAGUUUAUCUCCUCGCUCAGCAUUCUUUCCACGAUCUCGGAUAUCGCAGGUUGGAAUGGAAGUGUCAUUCCAUGAAUGAGCCGUCACGGCGGGCCGCUUUGCGGUUGGGAUUCACUUUCGAGGGAAUCUUUAGGCAGCACAUGAUCGUCAAGGGUAGGAGCAGAGACACUGCCUGGUUCUCGAUCUUGAAAGACGAGUGGGAUGCAUCGUUGAAGUCUGCGAUGGAGAAAUGGCUCGAUGUUGGCAAUUUCAAGGAGGAUGGUUCCCAGAUCAAAUCGUUGCAGGAUCUGAGGGCUGAGCAGAAAUCAUGA